UUAUCCAAAAGCUAAACGAAAUUUGUAAUUCGCUUUCUUUUGAUAAGUAUUGAUUGAUUGCGGAUAAGAGUGUAGAGAAGCCAUAAUUUAUCCAAAAGUUAAUCGAAAUUUGUAAUUGGCUUUUUUUUUUAUAAGUAUUGAUUGAUGGGCUGCGGAUGAGAGUGUACAGAGAAGCCACAACAAACAAGCAACAAUGGCGGACCAGACUUCUACGACCCGUAAACCACCGGUGUGCGUCACAGGCGCAAACGGCUUCAUAGGCACGUGGGUGGUCCGAACCCUACUCGACCACGGCUACACCACCAUCCACGCCUCCAUCUUCCCCGGCUCCGACGCCUCCCACCUCCUCAACCUCCCCGGCGCCGCCGGCCGCCUGGUGCUCCACGAGGCCGACAUCCUCGACGCCACCGCCGUCUCGAAGGCGAUAGAGGACUGCAAGGGCGGCGGCGUAUUCCACGUGGCGUCACCAUGCAGCCUGGAGGACCCCAAGGACCCACAGAUGGAGCUGGUGGUUCCCGCCGUACAGGGCACCCUCAACGUCAUCGCCGCAGCCAAGAUUUGCGGCGUCAGGCGGGUGGUCCUGACCUCCUCGAUCUCCGCCAUGGUGCCAAACCCUAAUUGGCCACGGGACAAGGUCUUCGAUGAGUACUCAUGGACCGACCUCGAUUACUGCAGAUCUCGCCAGAAAUGGUACCCCGUCUCAAAGACACUGGCAGAGAAAGGUGCCUGGGAAUUUGCAGAGAAGCAUGGAUUUGAUGUGGUGGCAAUCCAUCCUGCCACGUGUCUUGGUCCUCUCUUGCAACCAGGUUUGAAUGCAAGCUGUGCCGUCCUGCAACAGCUGCUGCAAGGAUCAAAGGAUACCCAGGAAUAUCACUGGUUGGGGGUUGUGCAUGUUAAAGACGUGGCAGAGGCACAAGUUUUGCUCUUUGAGACCCCAACUGCUUCUGGUAGAUACCUUUGCACCAAUGGCAUUUAUCAGUAUGGUGAUUUCGCUGAAAGAGUCUCCAAACUCUUUCUCGAGUUUACUCCAGUUCACAGGUUUGAAGGGAAAACAAAUCCGGGUUUGGUAGCGUGCGAAGACGCUGCAAAGAGAUUGAUUGAUUUGGGACUAGUCUUUACUCCUGUUGAAGAUGCUGUCCGUGACACUGUGGAAAGCCUUAGAGCCAAAGGCUUCUUGCAGCAGAAAUAAUCACAAUCCCAAAUCCGUUUGUCUUUAGAGCUACAAUUUUCACAAAUUUCAUCUUUUCCUUUGUUUAAUUUGGGAUAAUAAUGCAGUGCAACAGAACAUUUAGCAGGAUUAUGUCCAUUUUAUGGUUUGGUAAAUAAAUUUACAAUAAUUUUAUGAAUACAGAACGAUUCAAAGAAAA